AAGGAUGUUUGCUCGAAGCGGAGAAAUACUUCCAUCCCUUGUAUUCACUUUCCUUAUAGUUGAUCAAGGGCAAAGUUCAAAUCCUUUUCACAGAUUUACCUUCCACCAAGACUUACAGAUGGAGGGAUGCAAAACGAAACUCUAUCAGGGCCGAUCUCGUGUUGGAUGCGCCAUGAAAUGCUUGGAGACUAAGAUCUGCCCUUCGUUUGUUUAUAACUCGACAACGUCUUGCUGUGAAAUUUGUGCAGACGGCUACACCGUGACUGGUCUGAAUUUCUCAACAGGGUCUGGAACGUACUUGUUGAGAAAUGUUCAUGAAUUGAACCGGACAAUGAACAACGUUGACGAAGUAACGUUCAACUUUUCAGGAACGUUUUCACCAGGUGAAUUGCUUUAUCUCCGAGCUGUCCAAAACGGCAAUAGAUAUUGGUGGAUAAACCUGGGUCAGAGUUCAAAUACUUUAUUGCUACAUAUGAGACGUAGAAAUGAUGGAAGAUUCGGCAAUCCUUACCAUGCUUUGAACACAUUAUUAGAUGGUGUAUGGGCCAAUGAAACAUAUGUCCCGGAUUUCCCGUAUGUCGAUGGGAAAUCGUUCGAGCUUCACAUCUUAUUCCAGUCCAUCAAAGCUUUGAUACAUUUCAAUAGACAGUUCAUCUGCACUUUCAAUAACGAAGGAAGAAUAUCUAUGGAGGAAGGUCGUUAUCUAAGUUUAUUUGGUGACCUUUUGGCAGAAGUAGUAGACAUUUAAAAGUAUU